AUGGUGGGCAAGAAGGAAGUCGCGAAGCCCGAAGCUGCCCCGCGCGGGGCCGCGAAGGCGACUGCUGCGACUGCUGCUCCCGCAGUAAAGAAAGCUGACGAUGCUAUGGACGUAGACACUGUCGGCGCAAACCCUCAGAAUACAGCAGGCGACGACGCGACUGACCUCAAUCCCAACGCUUCCACAUCAGCAGAGGCGACACGAAAACGAAAAGCGCCGCUUACCCACGCCAAAGACGAGUUUGCCGCCCUCCUCGAGCCCUUCUACUACGGAAAGAGUCUGACCGAUCCGAUUAACACUGCGCGCGAUAAGUGGAAUCUUCUGCCGGCCUUCCUGAAGACCAAGGGACUGGUCAAGCAGCAUGUCGACUCAUACAACCACUUCGUCGAUGUGGAACUCAAGAAAAUCCUCAAGGCCAACCGUUUCGUCCGCAGCGAUACCGACCCCAAGUUCCUCCUCGAGUACACCGACAUCCGCGUUCUCUCCCCUAACCGACAGGAAGAAGAUGACCUCGACCACCACCGCAGUACCAUUACACCCAACGAGUGCCGAUUGCGCGACAUGACAUACGCGGCGCCGAUAGUAGUGGACAUCAUAUAUACCCGUGGGAACUCAAAGGUCAAGCGGACGGGUAUCAAGAUUGGACGCAUGCCCAUCAUGCUGAAAAGCAACAAGUGCGUGCUUGCAGGAAAGAACGAUCGCGAAAUGGCAGUCAUGGACGAGUGUCCGCUAGACCCAGGAGGCUACUUCAUCACCCGAGGGCAAGAGAAGGUCAUCCUGGUUCAAGAGCAGCUGAACAAGAAUCGUGUCAUUGUUGAGAGUGCCAAGGGCAUCAUGCAAGCCAGCGUUACGAGUUCUACGCACGAGAGACGAACCAAGACGUACGUCAUUCAGAAGAAGGGCCUCAUGUACCUUCGCCACAACACACUCUCCGAGGAGAUUCCGAUCGUGUUCGUAAUGAAGGCACUGGGUGUACACUCCGACAAGGAGAUCAUACUCUUAAUCGCCGGCGAGGAUACCGCGUACCAGGACAACUUCGCUGCCAACUUCGAAGCGUGCGCAAAGGAAGGCAUACACACCCAGGAGCGAGCGCUUGAGUAUAUCGGCCAUCGCGUACGACUAGUGAAGAAGCCGCUCGGUACCUCGCGCAGCCGAAACUAUCACUUGGAGGCUAUCGAGUGUUUGUCCAACGUCGUCCUUCCCCACGUCCCAGUCGAAGGCACAAACUACCGACCAAAGGCACUGUACGUGGCUCUCAUGGCACGUCGAGUUCUGAUGGCUAUGCAAGACCCGAAGCUUGUAGACGAUCGCGACUAUGUUGGAAAUAAGCGUCUUGAGUUGUCCGGACAGAUGUUGUCGCUUUUGUUCGAAGAUCACUUCAAGCGCUUCAACCACGACUUCAAGUUGAGCAUCGACAAAGUACUGAAGAAACCUGUCCGAGCGCAAGAAUUUGACGCCUUCUCGCACUUCAGCGUACACAAGAACCAUAUCACCAUGGGUGUCGAGCGCGCCAUUGCGACUGGAAAUUGGAGUUUGAAGCGUUUCAAGAUGGAGAGGGCGGGUGUUACUCACGUUCUGAGCAGACUGAGUUACAUUGCGGCGCUGGGUAUGAUGACGAGAAUCAGUUCGCAGUUCGAAAAGACGCGUAAGGUCUCUGGUCCCCGUGCGCUACAACCCUCGCAAUUUGGCAUGCUGUGCACUUCCGAUACACCUGAAGGUGAAGCUUGUGGUUUGGUCAAGAACUUGGCGCUCAUGACGCAUAUCACAACCGAAGAUGACGACGAUCCAGUGCGUAAGAUCGUGUUUAUGCUGGGGGCCGAAGAUAUCUGUUUCCAGACCGGAGAGGAGAUCCACGCAGACGGUGUAUAUAGUGUGUGUCUCAACGGUACACCUAUUGCUGUCACCGACACACCUAAACGAUUCCUCAACAGCUUCCGGAAACUCAGGAGAAUGGGACGAAUCUCCGAGUUCACUAGCAUUCACAUCGAUCACGACCACUGCGAAGUUCACAUCGCCACGGACGAAGGUCGAAUCUGCCGGCCGAUGAUCAUUGUCGAAAACCAACGGUCCAAGGUUACCUCGCGCUACCUCAAGGCGCUUCGCAAGGGUACCAUGGAGUUUGAGGACUUCCUGACAAGAGGUCUGGUGGAGUAUCUCGAUACCAACGAAGAAAACGAUACGAACAUUGCUUUGAAGGAGAGCGAAAUCAACCAAUACACUACACAUCUCGAAAUCGAGCCCUUCACCAUCCUGGGCGCCGUCGCUGGUCUCAUCCCAUACCCCCAUCACAACCAAUCGCCUCGUAACACUUACCAAUGCGCUAUGGGUAAGCAAGCUAUUGGAGCGAUCGCCUACAACCAGUUCAAGAGGAUAGACACACUGCUAUACCUCAUGGUCUACCCACAGCAGCCCAUGGUCAAGACCCGGACCAUUGAACUCACUAAAUAUGACAAGCUGCCUGCUGGUCAAAACGCAACCGUCGCUGUCAUGUCCUACUCCGGAUACGAUAUUGAGGACGCGCUGAUUCUCAACAAGGCCUCCUGCGAUCGCGGCUUCGGUCGCUGUCAGGUUCUGAAGAAGCACGUCACACCACUGAAGACGUAUGCUAACGGUACCUCCGACCGUAUCAACGCCGGCGCUCUCGAUGUGGAUAAUACCAGCCAUCAAGCCAUUGGACAAGACGGUAUCGCACAAGUCGGAGCACGGAUAGAGGCCGGCGACGCCUACCUCCUGAAAUCCAUCCCCCAAGAUACCGCCGGCCCCGCUACCAACGUCUACAAAGACAAGCCCGACAAGUACAAGAUGCCUGACUGCAGCUAUAUCGACAAAGCCUGCAUCACCGAGAACGAAGCCGGUACAACCUUGAUCAAGCUCCUCAUGCGCCAAACACGACGUCCCGAACUCGGCGACAAGUUCUCCUCUCGCCACGGUCAGAAAGGAACAACAGGUCUGAUCGUACAACAAGAAGACAUGCCCUUCAACGACCAAGGCAUCUGCCCCGACAUCAUCAUGAACCCCCACGGAUUCCCCUCGCGUAUGACAGUCGGCAAGAUGAUGGAACUCCUCUCAGGCAAAGCCGGUGUUCUAAACGGCACACUAGAAUACGGUACAGCAUUCGGCGGCUCCACCGUCGAAGACAUGUCGCAAAUCCUCGUCGAAAAAGGCUUCUCCUACACAGGAAAAGACUACCUCACCAGCGGUAUCACAGGAGAGGCCCAUCAGUUCUACACAUUCUUCGGCCCGAUCUACUACCAGAAACUCAAGCAUAUGGUACAGGAUAAGAUGCAUUCGCGUGCAAGGGGUCCGCGCGCUAUCCUCACACGACAGCCUACUGAGGGUAGGGCGAGGGACGGUGGACUGCGUCUGGGUGAGAUGGAACGUGAUUGUCUGAUUGCGUAUGGUGCUAGUCAGUUGCUUCUUGAGCGGUUGAUGAUUAGUUCGGAUGCCCAUAAUGUGGAUGUUUGUGAGAAGUGUGGUCAAAUGGGAUACAGUGGCUACUGCAAGCUCUGUGAGAGUGAGAAGGCAGUUCGCAAGAUUACUAUGCCGUAUGCUGCCAAGCUUCUGAUUCAGGAGCUGGGUAGUAUGAAUGUCAAGGUGACGAUUGGGUUGGAAGAUGAAUUUCCAAGGGACGCUUAG